GUAGAGGAAUCCUUUCUGCCAACGAAGCUUCGCUGAUGGAACAUUUGCAAGGGGAGCCCGGCCGCAAUGUGAAUAAAGUCGAGCUCCUGAGGUCGUUGCCUCAAAAUCUUGGUAGCAAAGACCCGCCAAAUGUGGUAUCCUACAUGUUGAACGAUAGUCACGCGAAUGCUUGGCCCACCAUCCGACCGGCAGGAGAGCGUAGGGUCGAUAAAAGUCUGGCGAAGCAGCUUCGUGUCUUUGCCGAAGCCGUGUCGCACGCGGACGCAGAUGUCACGCGUCGGCGAAGCCCAACCACGUCAUUUGCCGGCUCGAACGACAUGGACGCUGACCAUCUGAGGGCAUACGCGACACUCUUGGCAGGGGAUGGCUCCCGUCAGCCAGUGCCCGGCCGUGUAGGCAGUGGCUCGCAGGAUGGCACAGUCUCACCCACACGGAUCGGCCACCUCCAUUCCCAGAGUCACAGUGCAUUGCUUGCCCAGAAGCAUCACGCUCCUGCUAGCGAGUAUGGAGUGCAUGGGCUGCUCGAGGCAGGAGCUCAUAAACGCAAACAGGAGAUCGCUUCGGUCGAUGGCGAGUCAAGGAGACAUUCCGCUAUCCGUUUGCCUAGCUCGCAACACGAAUCGCUUCGCGCUGCAAAGCGGCCUCGUAUCACGGUGCAUCCCUCCAGCUGGAUUCCGCCACGACAAGCGUCCCUGGAACCAUCUGAGGUCUUCAGCUCAAGCUCGACACACUCUGCUCCGCAUCACAUCGCACAUGAAAAUGCCUCGAAGAUGUUUCCGAGCGGCGCGACCAGAAAAGCCACUACCUCCAACAUGUCUGGAACGGGCUUUCACGCUGCUCGACUUCAGCCCAGGUCCUUGGACAUUAGCGAUGCUGGGAGGAAACGGAUGCUGAUGAAGCGAACUAUAAUACAGCUCGAAGUGAUAAAGAACGGAACGCACCAAAGAGCUGCGGUCAAAGCUAUCAAUGCUUACCUUGAAAAAGAUAAACAUCACGUUGUGCAUAGGAUGAUCGUUCAGACCGGAUUUCGGCCUCCAAACGAGAUAUCUGACCGCACGUUCCUCACUGCGACUGCAUGGACGAAGGAGAACAGGCUUGUGCCUUCAGGUGUGCUGAAAGGGCAUGAGACCCUUCAUAUUGUUCCUCUUCCCGAUCACGCCUCUUUUGUGGGCGGGGGCCACCGAAGUUCGACGCUCAUUCGGCCUGACGGAGCUCAUUUCCAAAAUCCGGGACCUCUGAAAGAAGCGAAGAAGGUGUAUGCCCAUGGCUUGCGUCCUUAUCCUGUCGAUACUGUUGACACGACACUCAUGGAUGCGCACGGCUCGCUACUACCCGAGCAUCCGCGAGACCCGAAGCACUACAAGCAGGAUUCCAAGGCGAGAUGCGGACGAGUGAUAGACAGGACCAAACAAUACUCUGGCAAUGGCAAUGGUGGGCCAGCUGACUGGUGCAGCGCGUCUGGAGACCUCGGGCGCCCCCGUCGCCGGCCCAUCACUGCAUCUUUAGCUGAAGGUUCUCAUACUGAAGGCCAACGUAUGGACCAGUCGUUGCCGAGGAGCGCUGAUCAGCCCGGGCCUAGCAGGCAGGCCAAGGUGUCUCCUCAGGCAUUCCAUGGCACAGGCUCGGUGGCCUACCUACACCAGAACCAAUCCUACGGACGACUGUCGAACAUCCAUCAACCGAGCCGGAAGCCACGGCCCGCGCCAAAUGAAGCUUAUAAUGCCGGCAACAAGGACGCGUCGCUCGGGCGAGAACUCUCUGAGGCCUAUGGUAAGCGGCAAAGAACAGACGCUGCUACAGCAUCCGAUCAGAUCGACGGCGCCGAUAGAGUCUCGACGAUCCCUGAGAGGGCUUUGGUUGGUGGCAGUCGACCGAGCCUCGGAUUUAGCAACAAGGACCAUACUUCAAGCUUGACCCUCACGGCUCAAAGGCACAAGGAGCCACUGAAAGAUCCAUCUACACCGUCACGCCAAAGACCGGAGGGGCUGCCUCGGAUCGACACGAGACUCCGCCUUGGUUCGUUUAGAACCGGCGUAGCGCGUUUCCGGAGCAGCAGGAUUCGUCCGGCAAUACCAACGGAAGGGUCGGCGGACAAUGGUCCGGACCUGGAGCUGCGCCUAGGCAGCAAGCCAGUCGCGACACCUCGCGACCAGCACGAACCUUUCAGCCCGAUGCUAAGCAGCACAACGAGACCAUUCGGACGAAAAGUUCAUGAGCAUCACCUCGAGUCGACUACGUCGACGUCAGAGUUUCCUGCUUUUCCUUCUUUCAGACCAAGUUGAGCGCAGUUUUGACUAACAGAGAGGCGUCCGAGCUUUCGUGGACGGAGCUUUUUCCUCAACGAUAAUCCUGCACGAGCAUCGGAUGACUGUUGCUAGGCUUCCGCAAAGGCAUCGCUAUUCACCGGUGCUCGAAGACAGUCCGGAAAAGGCAAAGCAAGAUGUGGGCGGUCCUCGGACGGGCUCAGUGACUCGUCGAUAAAGCGUUAUUGGCUGUGUCGCUAGAGCGAGAUUGCCUUGAUUCGCAGUCCUGGUCUCCGCACUACACUCACGACUUUGAUGCCGCCUCCUUUGCGCAAGCCCUGUCUCGUGGUUCUGUCCGGAAAUCACGAAUGCACCAACCAUUCAGCAGAAGAGUCGUG